AUGACAACUGAAUCUGGAGGAUUGUCGAAAGAAGAGUUUCUACUCGUUCAAGAGCAACUAUUGCAGUUGAGAAAUGAAAAUUACGAGCUGAGAGAGGAGAUAAAGAAGAAAAACGCGACAUCACAACAUCAAAAUUCACCAAAAAAUGAGGCUCUUCAGUUUGCUUCCAAGUUGAUCAAUAGAGCUUCGUCAUCGAAAAAAGAUGAAGAAAAGGCAGAAAUCGAUGCUCUCCGAAGAAAGUUGGAAACUCAGGAAGAAGAGUUCCGUCUUCAGCAAUCCACACUUUUUGAAGAGCUAAAAACGAUAUCUUCACAAAAUGAAAGUCUCAAAACUCAAAUGGCUUCUUAUUCGGAUCAUCCAUUGGAGAAAGAAGCUGGAAAACCGACUGUGGAACAGCUGGAAGAAAGCAUCAAACAGUUGACAGCAGAGAAAACAUUGUUAUGCCAAGAAACAAUUCCAUCGCUGAACAAAAAGAUUUCAACUCUCAAGGAAGAACUCGAUAAUUGUCAGACACUAAAUGUCGAACUAGAAGAUCGCCUUCUCACAAUGACUGCAGAAGCGGAAUCAAUUUUCACAGAAAAAGAAAUGGUAGAUGAAGAAAGUGUACGGGUAAUGGAAGAAAUGGAGGAAUUAAGAAAAGAAAAUCAAGAGAUUGUUGAUGAAAUGCAGCAGAGAAACAAUGAAGUUGUCGAGGAGAACAGAAAAUUAGAAGAAGAGAAUGCUAGACUACAACAGACAAUUAGGGAGCAAACACCGGAGUUGGAAACUUUGAGAAUUGAACACAAAAACCUCAUCGCUGAAAAUCAAUUGAAUCAAGAGGUUGCGAAAAAGUUUGCGGAACUUCAAGAAGAAAAACGAAUGUUGAGCGAGAUUUCUCAACAAGAAAUUUCUGAUCUCAAAAAAGAGUUGGAAGUUUUCAAAACAGAAAACCAGAAGUUGUCCGCUGAAAUCCAACAAAAUACCGAAGAAACAGCGAAAAAUCAUGAAAAACUUUUAGAAGAUCGAGUUCUUCUUCUCGAGACACGAUAUCAGUUAGAAGUCGAUGAUCUCAAAAAAAGCUUUGAAAGUGAAAAAGAAGAUUUCCACCUGAAAAUUACCAGUCUCGAGGAAAAGCUGAAAUCUGCAGAUGAAGAUAAGAAAAUGGCAGUAAAGAAGAGUUUGGCUCAAGUAAAAGAACUACAGAAGACACUAAAAGAAGAAAAGAAACGAGCGGAUUCAUAUGAGAGAAAGAGUGAAGAAAGAUCUGGUUGGCAUGUUGUACCGCCAGAAAAUGAUCGACAGAGCAGUCAUACGUUCGAUGGAAACGAAAGUGUCUCCUCAAUGUCAGCAAUUGAGUCAGAAAAUGUCGAACUGAUAACACGUCUUGCCACGUUGCAGAAAAUUCAUUCUGAAAACGCUGACACAAUUCUUCAACUCGAAUCCGAAAACAGUCGCUUGCGUCGCGAAGUGACAGAAAAAGGAGAGCUAAUUGAGAAUCUGAUUCGGGAAAAGCCACUUGGCUCUGGGUUCCAACCACAAUUCGGUGGAAAUGGUCAACCCAAACUAGAAGUUUCCUUCCGAAAACUGCUCAAUACUCUCGGACAAGAUUCAAGAGAUUCCGAUGUUCGUGAUAUGAAUAAGAAAUUACAACGAAUGUUGGAAGAGACCCUUUCAAAAAAUAUUAUUCUCCAAAGAGAUCUUCAAACCUUAAUGGAACGUUCCAGCUUAUAA